AGAUAAUAUUAUGUAAGCAUGGAUCCCCCUUGCAUAUUAUAUAUAUAUAUCAUUAAACAACAUGAGUCCAGGCUGCAGACCUGCAGCACCCUCAGCUUGGAGCCUCUGUCGCCCUCUGGUGGAGUGACUCCUGCAGGGAGGAGAGGGCGCAGGUCCGGUUGUUAUGGUGAAGCAUUUCCCCUGAGGGCUGUCUGGAGCUGGAUCAGGAGCAGGAUCAGGAGCAGGAGCUGGAGCUGGGGACAGCAGCUGAUUCAGUUUCAGACCUGCACAGGAGCUACUGCAGCUGACAGCGUGUGGAAGCAGAGCUGGUGUUCUUCCAUGACGAUGGUGAUGGCUGGAUUGUAGGAUUGGGUGGACCUGACAGUUUAACAACUAUUGCAGAAAGAAGACAAUGUCGUUGAGGGACGAAUCAUUGAAACCUUCGUUUCCAGCUCUCUUCUUCUGAAGACCUGCCAAAAAGUGCACCAACAACAACAACAACAAAAACAACUUUGGAAUAGUCUCCACUCACCACCAUGGGAUACUUGAAUCCUGUCACUGCAUUAACUAAAGUAGGCCUUGUGUGAAUACUGGGGAUGCCCUUUUUAUUAUCGUUGCUUAAACUCCCCGGUUCUUCCUACCUUGUGAAUUUGUGAUAUUCUCACUAUGGAUUCUCAAAGACUUGCCCCUCUGUUGGAUCCAAGUCUUGGACACCACUUUGGAUUAGAAGCUCAGAUGGAGUGUCCAACCUGAAGAAAAGUUUGACUUGAAAGCUUGACGUUUCUUAGCCCUAUCUUUUCUCUCUCUGACACUCUUUUCCCACAGUGAUUGGCUAAAUUGCCAACAGUUGAUAUGGAUGGAAGGACUGACAGUUGGUUACAAUCCACAGCUUGGAUGACAACGUUUUGGACAUCUUUCUUUAUCCUUUUUUCCAUGGCACGAUAAGUUAUCAUCUGAAAGAUGGGAAAGAGACAUUGCAACAAUUCUACGUGUUGCUUACAUCUGACAUCAUGGAGAUAUCCGUCACCUGAUUGCACAACAUAAGUUGUUUUGUUUCAUCACACUUUGGAUAUUUUUGCUGCUUGCUUGAAUUAUUGUUUCAUAUAUUUACAGAUAAACUGCAGUAUCUGUUUGUGCUCUCCAACAGGCCCUAACGUAGGCCUGUUUGGCCUUACAGAAGGGCCUCUUUAAGGGAGGCUAUAUGAUAAUUUUUGAAACCUGAAACUUUUAUAUUUCAUAUCUGUUUGGGCUAAGAGAAACAAACAGGACAUUAGUUCAUAGGGUUGUGGUGGCAUGGCAGCGGAGCACGGCGAGCUGCUGGCUGAGAUGGCCACGGUCGGGCGUCUGAGUGCCACCGAACGCCUGAAGCACGCCCAGAAGCGGCGCGCUCAGCAGCUGAAGGGAUGGGCGCAGAUGGAGAAGGAUAUAGCACGAGGGUCGAGGGCCAAGGCAGAUAAGAAGAAGGCGCGCACCACCAAAGUUACUUUCCCCAAGUCCAUCACCCUGCUGGAUGCUGCUGCUCGCAAUGACCUGGAAGAGGUGAGGGAGCUGCUUAACAAUGGUGUCAGCCCAGAUCUGGUCAACGAGGAUGGACUGACAGCCCUACAUCAGUGCUGCAUUGAUGACUUUGUGGAGAUAGUGCAGUGCCUGCUGGACGCUGGUGCCUGUGUGAAUGCUUGUGACAGUGAGCUGUGGACACCGCUGCAUGCUGCUGCCACCUGUGGACACACUGGAUUGGUGCAGCUCCUGAUUCAGUCUGGGGCUGACCUGCUGGCUGUCAAUGCGGAUGGCAACAUGCCCUAUGACCUCUGUGAGGAUGAGGCCACUCUUGAGCUGCUGGAGAUGGUUAUGGCUGAACAGGGGAUAACUCAGGACCGUAUAGAUGAAUGUCGAGGGGCUAAAGAGGCAGCCAUGCUGGCUGACAUUCGGGUUCUGGUCCAGAGCGGAGCAGACUUGAACGCACAGGACGCCAAUGGAACAACACUGCUCCAUAUAGCGUCUGCUAACGGCUACGUGUCCGUGGGCGAACUGUUGCUAGAGCACAGAGCUGAGGUGGAGGUGAAGGACUCUGAUGGCUGGACGCCGCUACACGCCGCCUCCUGCUGGGGACAAAUCCAAAUGGUGGAACUGUUGGUGGCCCAUGGAGCCAGUUUAAACACCAAGUCUGUCCUGGAGGAGACGCCUCUUGACGUGUGUAUGGAUGAAGAGGUCAGAGCCAAACUGAUGGACCUGAAGCACAAACAUGAUGCCAUCAUGAAGAGCCAGGACCGGCAGAAGGGCACGCUGCAAAGACGAGCCUCUAGCACUGGCAGCAGAGGUAAGGUGGUACGUCGUGUCAGUGUGAACGAGCGCUCCAGUCUGUACCGACGGGAGCACCACAAAGAGGCCAUGGUGUGGCAGGAGCGCGGCCGACAGCCGGAGCCACAGGACGACGAUGAGGACAGACAAACGGACAAUGAGCUGCACCAGCAUGCCACCAUGGCUGCUGGUGGUGGAGCCACAUCACGUUUAGAGGAACUGGAGGCUUCAGACAGGAUCAUUGUGUCCAGUCUAGGUAACGGAGGGACCUCUGUUUCUCUGGCAUCCUCUGUGCCUGGAGAGCUGCGGAGCGGUGGAGGUCUCAUGGAUCGCAGCGCCUCGUACCAGCUCAGCCCUGCAUCUGGAGCUGGGUCUACAGAGGGAGAGGGGGCAGACAGUAUGACUCGGGAGAAAUCACACCACACCCUGGCUGACCUAAAACGCCAGCGGGCAGCUGCCAAGCUCAAUAAGUACCCAGCGCCUCCCCCACCACUGCCCCCUCCUUUAGAAGAGGAGCCUUCUGUUGCAGUGGCUGAAGUGACGCCCACCCAGGCCCAGCCAGAGCUCCAAGUGACCCCCAGUGCAGAGGAGGUAGCCUCCCCGAGCCAGGUGUACUUCACCCCAGCCAGCGGAGACCCUCCACUGCUGAAACUCAGAGCGCCUGAGGAGGACCAGUCUAAUAAUAAGGAGCCUUGCUGUGGACUCAUGUAGACAGCCAGACACGCACAAAGACACACACAUACUGCCUACCGAGUAGAGAAGCAUUUUACACUCCAAAGUGGCAAAAAUCAAAACAGACAUGCUUGAAAUGAGUCAUUGAAGACUGUAAGUUAAGGCCACAUGCCAAUGAGGGUUUGAUCUACACUGCAUUUCAGUGAACCAAGGUGCAGUCUUUGUGCUUAUUUCCCAUUUGCUUAUUAUUAUUAUUUUUUUUUUUAUCAAUACGAUACACACCUUACACUAAAGGUUCCAGCAUUCCCUGUUUCUCCGUUAUUUAGCAAUCGCAAAAUCUGCUGGAUGUCAUCUAGUGACUCACAGUGGAACUACAGAUUCCAGUUUUGCAAUCACAAGCAAAUAUUUACUUUCCUGUCUUUGUUCAUUACUUUAUUUAUCUCUUACUACACGACUCAACUACUGUAGAUUGACAUUUCAGUGAAAAGCCUUAGAAUCAUGUUAAAGUUGAAGCCGAAUGAAAUUAAUUAGCAGUUAAAGGUGAUUUGUUUUAAAUUGAGAAUGAGGUUAAAGUUCUGUUUUCUUUACUGAGUGCUAUGAAGGGCACGUGAUCUGCAUUUGCAUACAUUUACAUUAUAAGCCAGAGGUUAUUUAUGGUUUAGAGAUUGCUCGGUCAUGAUAGUUUCAGUAUACAGCAUAGCUACUCUGAAUUUAUAUUUACACAAAGAUGAAAACAAGAACUGUUACCUUGCUUGAUUUUUUUUUUUCUUGGACUGAAAAUGUUUUUUUUUGUUACUUUUCCAGUGCACAGAAGAGCCUACAAUUCAACAUUUGUAAUGCUGCAAUUUGUAACUUAAGUAUUUGUGAGAUCAUCUACAUAUAUUUAAAUCAAUGGAUAAUUUACUAUCAUUAUUAUCACUUCCAGAUUUCUAUUUUUUUUCUGUCAGUAUUUCUAUUUUUCUACCCUCUGAAUGGAAUCACAUUAUUUAUUAUAUCUGAUAUUGAAUAUGGCUGAUGGUGUACAGUUAAAUCUUUAAAGGAUAAAAGUGUGAAGGCAAGAUAUUUAUCAAAGAGAUUAUAUAUAGUUUUUUUUUGUCAAACCAAGUAAAUUUGUCAUACGAUUAUUUGUCAAAGGUUGGUGCCUUCUUUAGGUGGCAGGUUUGAUGUAGGUUUGCAAUGCUUGCACAAAGUCCCACGUGUAAAUUUGGUGAGCAGUGGGAUAAAAUGAUCUAUUGUCAUCCAACUUGAUGUGCUGUCGGUGCACUCUAAUUUCUGUAAUGCAAUUCAGAUUUGUUAGUGAUUUUUACUGAGCCCUGUUUAGAAAAACCAAACAUAAAAAAAACAUUAAGUUUCACACAUGAUUUUUGUAUUUUUCUUUCAUGCAAGUGGAUUUAUUUAAUGGAUCUGGACAUUAUAACUGUUUACAUCUCUGGGUAUUGCUGAAAGGGUGGGAAUCAGAUAAACUUCUUUGUAAGGAAA